CGCAGCGCGGGCAGCUUAAAUUGACUGAAGCAUCUGCCUGCCUGCCUGCCUGCUCGACUCAUCUGCUUCUGAGGUUUGACUGAUUGAUAUGCUUACACUAAUAACCACUAUCUUCGUUUACCACUACUGUACAAGUACAGCCUCUCACGGCUCACGGCAUGCCUUGCUAAGCUGCUAUGCUAUGCAUUACUGGAGAUUAAGGGAGAGAAAAAGGUUAAUUUGCGGGGUUCAUGCGUGGGUGGGUGUGGUGGUUGGAGAUGCCCUUGGUUGAUCUCCUAACUCAUUAGACAUAUCGAUCGAUCCCACUUGCCUAAUAUAAGCACGUUGGCAGCUAGCUAGCUAUGGUAUCCAUGGAGGCCCAUGCAGCAGGCACCCUAAUCCUGCUCAUGUACAUGUACAUGUACAUGUGCGUGGGUGUGGAGCACGUCACCAUUUCCAAAUUCCAAGAGACCCAUCGCCGUCCCACUUUCCCGUAACCUCCCCUUCGUCUUGUCUCCUACCCUCUUGCUGCUAUUCGCUUAAACAAUGUGCUGCCUGCUUAACAUUAUCAUCAUCAUCACCAGCAGCUACUAACAAGUACUCCACUCCUAUAAAACAAGUAGUACGAGAGUAGUAGAGUACCUACGUACCCUGCCGCAGCUGCACGAAUCACGGGCGGGCUUAAGCCAUUCCGAAGCAAAGCCGUGGCAGCUCCGGCCUUGGCCUCCUCUCCUUCCUUCCCAAGGCAAGCAAAGCAAAGCAAAGCAAAGCAAAGCGAGCGAGGGCGAUGGGAGGAGACAUGCAGCGGCGGGGCGGCGCCGUGCGGUUCAGGAUGCCGCGGCGCCGGGCGCUGGCGGCGGGGCCGCCGCUGCUGUCCGGGGCGGCCGCGGCGGCGCAGGGAGAGCGCGGCGGGAAGAGCAGCAGGAGGAAGAAGAUGGCGGUGGCGCGGCUGGGCGGCGGCCGCGGGGGCUUCUUCGGGGCGGUGCGGCGGCUAAGGAUGCGGUGGGUGGCGGCGGCCUACCGGCGGGCGCUGCGUCGGCUGCGCGCCUUCUACGCCCGGGCGCUGGAGGACCUCAUCGAGGGCGCGGCGGCCGUCAGCUCGCUGCACUCGCACUACGCCGGCGCCGACUGCUCCUUCGGCACCGCCUUCGCGCCCGCCGUCACCGUCGGCAACCGCUACUGACGCACCCCGCGCGCGCCGUGCGAGGAUCUUCGAUCGUCCGUGUACGUAGUGGUACUACUCGAUCCCGUUUGACUCAGCUGCGAGCCGAGGGAUCGAUCCAAGUGAAGUGAUACCUCCUUGAUCUCUCAUCUCUACGUGUACGUACCGUACAAAUUCUGUUGUUUAAAUUAGCUGCUUGCAUGUUGCUGCUGCUGCUGCUACUUAAUUUCUGAAUUCUGAUGAUGAAUCGGAGGACAGCGGAUGAUGAUAAACUAAGCGAGGAAAGAAAGAAUCCAACUUCUUUUUA